UAGAGAAAUAUCCAUUUAUCAAAAGAAUUGGAAACUUACAAGCUCUUCCACCUCGGACCUCUCUGCCCAGGAAUGGAAUCACUUUUUGUGAGGCAUUUGAUUUGUGCAACACACCAUACCUUUCCAAGUAGAUGCCCAUUAAUCCCUACCCGUUCAAGAAGGAUCCACACUCAAAUUCGGCAUUUUCGCUUCCAUCUUUACUCGAAACAAUCUGAUUUCCUGGAUUUUCAGGGCUAUGCAAAGCCUUCACGUCUUUUGCCUGCCACCGAAGUGGACGUUUACACGGAUUCCAUACUGGAGAAGGUGGUUACAUCUUCCAAAUUGGGCGCUUCUGAGUCUUUGUUCAAAGUCAAGCUAUGCACAAGUAGCAUGUUUGGAUCAGGUCUGAGUGACUUAAACGCUGGAAUACUGCUUUGUUUGAUAGAUGAAAACGGAGACUCAAUCUUACACAGGAUAUCAGCCAGUUCUAUGAGAGAUCAUACUAUGCAAUUAGAGGAGGAGGUUGUUUCUGAUGUACUCCAUUUCCAAAGAGCUUCCGUUGAUGAGUUCACCUUUGAGGGACCUAAACUGGGAAAAAUUGAAGCUCUUUGGAUCAGUCUUGAAUCAGGUCAAUGGAGAUUUGGGGGUGCGAGCUUAACUGUUGUUAUUUGUGAGUUUCAACCUCCUACAGAAGCAAAUGACAGAAAAGAACUUCGGCAUAUUGCUUUACAGUACGACUUUGAAGACGAUGAUAUUUUGCUCGGCGAGGGAAGUGACAUUUCAAUGGUGGAACUUAGACCCAGCCUAGUUACUGAGUUUUCUGGAGAAAACUUCUCCUUGUUAAGCAAAAACCUCCUGCAAUCAUCCUCACCUGCCAGUUACGGUAUAUCAAAUGAAGAAAGCAUGAGGGAGUAUGAAAAUUUGAAGUCAUCCUUGUUAUUUUAUGAUGCUAUGCUUAUCCUUGCUGGUUCAUCAAUUGUAUCCUUCUCAGCUGGGGAAAAUGCUGCAUUUGCAUUCUUAACUGGUGGGGUCGUUGGCUUCUUAUAUCUAUUAUUGUUGCAAAGGUCUGUCGAUGGAUUACCGGCACCUACAUCAACUACAAUGAACAGAACGGUCAAUUUCAAUGAAAUUUUUGGAAGAUUAAAGAGUCCGCCAAGCCUAUUAUUGGCAUUAUUGUUUGCCGCUAUUGCAGUGAAAUAUGGGUCGGGAGAUGGUGCCAUUCUGUUGACGCCAAAAGAAUUCGUGUCUGGAAUGGCGGGGUUUCUUGCAUGUAAAGUGGCUGUGGUGUUGGCAGCACUCAAACCCAUGCCAUGGAGUCUUAAGGAGAACAAAUGAUAGGAUAUUCUUCCAUUUUUCUACUUCAAGAGAGACAGACAGCUGGAUUUGAUCGAGUACAGAAAAUACCCAAAGGAUGUGCUCAUCCAAGAAAACAUCCGUACUCAGUACAUGUCUCAUAUUUGUAAAUAACAAGUUUUAGCAUAAAAUAUUUCGUGCAAGUCCUAUACUUGUAAAUAAGAGGAAACGAUGACAAGUUUUAGUAUAAAGUAUUUCGUGACAAGUCUUGCUUGUAAAUAAUUUCGGAGGAAACGAUGACAAGUUUUAGCACAUAAGUACUCCGUGACAAGUCUUAGUAUAAAGUUUAGGAUAGAGUACAGAGAGAGGUUCAUGCAUAAUUUGAAUAUUCUUGUAUCUGUUGUGUAUA